CAACUUUACAGGGUUAUCUCCUCACAAUCCAGUAAGUUUCUCUCUGCUUCCUGUCAGCUUGUCCUGCAUGGUGACGGCAGUUGUCCCAAACAAGGUAGAUGGCAUCAGAGACACUCUACAAAGCGGGAGAUGGGGAGGAGACCGUGCUGAAGAAGGAAACCCUCAACGUUUUGAACGCACUCAAUCAAAUGUCGAAGCCCUUUCCAAACCCCAAGUCUAUGAACAGGACCGUCACUACCGAAGGACUCCCACUUUCCUCAAGGGGCAAUUUGGUUAACUUCUUGGAGGAAGACGCCAUCAAUCUACCGAAGCAGAUGCCAAUGGAGGAUUCUGAAAGCAGCUCCGAUGACACCAGCAUCUCCCCCAUAUCAUCCACUUUGUUGAAUCCUAUCAAAUUGGCCGUGACCCAGUCCAACAGCAGCUUCUUUGCAGGGAUGCUGGAGGGUGAGCUGAGCAAACUCAGCUUCUCCUCGAUGGUCAAGAGUACAGAAAAGGGGGACCUGGCCCUCUGCCCCCAAUCUAAGUCCCAAAUAGCCCCCGGUGGCCUGCUGGACCUUGACAACCCUGAGGUGGACACAGACGCCUCCUCAACGCCCUCAGAGUCCUCUGUGGUCCUGGAUGUGCCGGAGGUGCCCUUCAUCUGUGAACACACGGUCAGCGAUUCCACGGCUGUGAUUUCCUGGACCUACGCCCCAGGCAAGCAGCAGGUCAGUUUCUACCAGGUCCUGUUGCAGGAGGUGGUCAGGAAAAAUGAUAGUGAGAUGCCCAAGGCAAAGAAUCACCCAUGGAUCUUCAGUAAGAUCUUCGGCACCACCGUCAAGCUGAUGGAGCUGAAGCCUAACACGAGUUACUGCCUGACUGUCCGCGCAGCCAACACCGCUGGGUUGGGGAAGUGGUGCAAUCCCUACAAAUUUGCAACCGUUGCUACAGACUUGAACAGCUUCCCUGAGAACAAUCCCAUCCAGAUCACUGUGCAGCGCAAGGAACUCCAGCGGAAAACCAUGUCCAUCAGGUUGGAGGACAUGCGGAGGUUAGAAGAUCUGGAAUACCUCUUUCCCUACUAACCGGGAGGGCCCCAGGAAGCUCCUCAACUACUUCCAGCUCCAGCCCAGGGCCCUUAGGAACCCAGAACCAUGAAAUGUACCAGCAGCCUCAAGCCAGGGAACCGCUGACCACCUUGCUGGGCCUGGGCCUGGGCCGAGGCCAGAUGGGAGCUCCAUUCACCUGGAGACACCGCAGGCCAGGCCAGGUCAGAUCAGCCUCCACUGCCCAUAGCUGCUAGGCUUCCUUCCCCAGAUCUGGGCUGGUCCAGCUCCCUCAUUAAAACCUGCAGGUCAC